AUACGUGACUUGUAAAAACAUUCAGGCUUGAUGCCAUCUGACGCUCUUUUCAUUUCAAGAGUGCCACAGUACAAACGUUUGCCAGUAAUGUGGCGUGGACGUUCAGUGUGCGUGGUUAUAUUGGCGCUUGCCGUCGGCCUGUACCUGCUGCCUUCACCCAUCGACCCCAAGCCGCACGUGCUUCCAGGUCCUCCCCCAGCCCUUGAGGGUCCGCUGGCCGCCAAUACGCGCUUGCAGAAAGGCCAUAGACUCUUUGAGGGGAAAUUACACGGACCAGAAUCCUUUGAUGCUGACAAAGAGGGGAACGUGUACACAGGGACGGUGGACGGGAAGCUGUGGCGAAUCGGACCGGACGACAGUCUGACCUUCAUCACACAAAUGGGGCGCGACUUGCCCGAAUGCGGCAGCGGCACACAUUUUGAGCCGGUGUGCGGCCGCCCUCACGGCGUGCGUCUGGAUCGCCACGGCAACCUGAUCGUGGUCGACGCCUACUUGGGACUGUACAGCGUGGACCCACGCAGCGGACGCAAGAUGCUACUGGUGGCCAACUCGCAAGGCGCUGACGGCGUCCCCUUCGCCUUCCUGAAUGGCCUGGAAAUCUCUUCCCAAACGGGGAUCAUCUACUUCACCGACUCCUCCAGUCGCUGGGGACGCAGACAUGUCAAGCUGGAGGUGAUGGAGCUGAACCGCCUUGGUCGCCUUCUGUCCUACGAGCCCGAGACGGGCCGAGUGAGCGUCCUGCUGGAUUCCCUCUACAUGGCCAACGGCCUGGCGCUGGACCCCAACGGCCGAUUCCUCCUGGUGGCUGAGACCAGCGUCGCACGCAUACUCAAUUGUCGGUGUGUUUGUGCGCGCGCUCCCCUCUGCCCUCUCAGGUACUGGUUGCGAGGUCCGAAGACGGGCAUGGCCGAGACGGUGCUGGACAACAUGAUCGGAUACCCGGACAACAUCCGCGUGAGCAGGCGCGGAACCUUCCUGGUGGGCAUCACCACGCCGCGGUUGCGCUCCUUCCUGCCUCCCUUCCUGGACGCCUUAGCGCCGUACCCCGCCGUCAAACGCUUCCUGGCCAAGGUGGUCCCGCUGAGCUGGUACGAGGUCCUGCUGCCGCGCUACGCUCUCGUUCUGGAGCUGGACGCGGACGGACGUCCGGUGGGCUCCAUGCACGACCCUGAAGGACGCCUGACGUGGGCCAUCAGCGACGUGUUCCAGCACGGCGGACGCACCUUCCUGGGGAACACCAACUUGCCCUUCCUGCCCGUCGUCACCCUCGACUCGUGAUGGCAACACCGUUGACACGCCAACUCAUUUCGGACUGGAAAAGAAAUAACC